AAACGGGGCGAAUUAGUGUUCUGCCUGUGCCUUGACUUAGCGAUUGGGCUGAGGCUUGCUCCUCCCUUCCCUACUCGGAUAGGAGCCACUGGGAUCUGGAGCUCAGGCUUCCAAAUUGCAGCUGGCCUCGGGCCAGGUGACCUUUGCUUUGAUUCUUUCAGCCCGGCAUCUCCUGCAGAGGGAUCAGCCUGCUCGAACUGCAAGCAUGAUGUGGGGGACCAAACUUCUGCCGGUCCUGUUGCUGCAGCAUGUCCUACUGCACCUCCUCCUGCUUCCUGUCGCCAUCCCCUAUGCAGAAGGACAGAAGAAAAGAAGAAAUACACUUCACGAAUUCAAAAAGUCAGCAAAAACCACCCUUACCAAGGAAGACCCAUUAUUGAAGAUUAAAACCAAAAAAGUGAACUCUGCGGAUGACUGUGCCAACAGGUGUAUCAGAAACAGGGGCUUCCCAUUCACUUGCAAGGCCUUUGUUUUUGAUAAGUCAAGAAAACGAUGCUACUGGUAUCCUUUCAAUAGCAUGUCAAGUGGAGUGAAAAAAGGGUUUGGCCAUGAAUUUGACCUCUAUGAAAACAAAGACUAUAUUAGAAACUGCAUCAUUGGUAAAGGAGGCAACUAUAAGGGGACAGUGUCCAUCACUAAGAGUGGCAUCAAGUGCCAGCCUUGGAAUUCCAUGAUCCCCCAUGAACACAGCUUUUUGCCUUCGAGCUAUCGCGGUAAAGACCUACAGGAAAACUACUGUCGAAAUCCUCGAGGGGAAGAAGGGGGACCCUGGUGUUUCACAAGCAAUCCAGAGGUACGCUACGAAGUCUGUGACAUUCCUCAGUGUUCAGAAGUUGAAUGCAUGACCUGCAAUGGUGAAAGCUACAGAGGUCCCAUGGAUCACACAGAAUCAGGCAAGAUUUGUCAGCGCUGGGAUCAGCAGACACCACACCGGCACAAAUUCUUGCCAGAAAGAUAUCCCGACAAGGGCUUUGAUGAUAAUUAUUGCCGCAAUCCUGAUGGCAAGCCGAGGCCAUGGUGCUACACUCUUGACCCUGACACCCCUUGGGAGUAUUGUGCAAUUAAAAUGUGCGCUUACAGUGCUGUGAAUGAGACUGAUGUCCCUAUGGAAACAACUGAAUGCAUUCAAGGCCAAGGAGAAGGUUACAGGGGAACGACCAAUACCAUUUGGAAUGGAAUUCCAUGUCAGCGCUGGGAUUCACAGUACCCUCACAAGCAUGACAUCACUCCUGAGAACUUCAAAUGCAAGGACCUUAGAGAAAAUUAUUGCCGCAAUCCAGAUGGGGCUGAAUCACCGUGGUGUUUUACCACUGAUCCAAACAUCCGAGUUGGCUACUGCUCUCAAAUUCCCAAGUGUGACGUGUCAAGUGGACAAGAUUGUUAUCGUGGUAAUGGAAAAAAUUACAUGGGCAACUUAUCCAAAACAAGGUCUGGACUUACAUGUUCCAUGUGGGACAAGAAUAUGGAGGAUUUACACCGCCAUAUCUUCUGGGAGCCAGAUGCUAGUAAGUUGAAUAAGAAUUACUGCCGGAAUCCUGAUGAUGAUGCCCAUGGACCUUGGUGCUACACGGGGAAUCCUCUUAUUCCUUGGGAUUAUUGCCCUAUUUCCCGUUGUGAAGGAGAUACUACACCUACAAUUGUCAAUUUGGACCAUCCUGUAAUAUCCUGUGCUAAAACAAAACAACUGCGUGUUGUAAAUGGCAUUCCAACACAAACAACAGUAGGGUGGAUGGUUAGUUUGAAAUACAGAAAUAAACAUAUCUGUGGAGGAUCAUUGAUAAAGGAAAGUUGGGUUCUUACAGCAAGGCAAUGUUUUCCCGCCAGAAACAAAGACUUGAAAGACUAUGAAGCUUGGCUUGGAAUUCAUGAUAUCCAUGAGAGAGGCGAGGAGAAACGCAAGCAGAUCUUAAACAUUUCCCAGCUAGUCUAUGGACCUGAAGGCUCAGAUUUGGUUUUACUGAAGCUUGCUCGCCCUGCAAUCCUGGAUAACUUUGUCAGUACAAUUGAUUUACCUAGUUACGGCUGUACGAUCCCUGAAAAGACCACUUGCAGUAUUUAUGGCUGGGGCUACACUGGAUUGAUCAACGCGGAUGGUCUAUUACGAGUAGCUCAUCUGUAUAUUAUGGGGAAUGAGAAAUGCAGUCAGCACCAUCAAGGCAAGGUGACUUUGAAUGAGUCUGAAUUAUGUGCUGGGGCUGAAAAAAUUGGAUCCGGACCAUGUGAGGGGGAUUAUGGUGGCCCACUCAUUUGUGAACAACACAAAAUGAGAAUGGUUCUUGGUGUCAUUGUUCCUGGCCGUGGAUGUGCCAUCCCAAAUCGUCCUGGUAUUUUUGUUCGUGUAGCAUAUUAUGCAAAAUGGAUACACAAAGUAAUUUUGACAUACAAGUUGUAAUAGCCAUAGAAGAGGCCAGAGUGUUUGAAGCAUCCAUGGAUACAUGAGGAUUUCCAAGACUUCAGGAUUAAAAUGUCACCUAAAACAAUCCUAAAACAACUACUUGAGUGUUGUGAGUGUUCAGAUACUCAUUAAUAUAUGUGGGUGUUUUCUUGUUGUAUUGUUUGUCAGUGUUUUUUUUGUAAAUGUUGAAGUGAAUUAAGGUACCUGCAAGUGCAGUAACAUAUCUCCUGAAGAUACUUGAAUGGAUUAAAAAAAUACAAAAUUAGAGUUGCUAGAUGCUAAAAGUUUUAAAGAAGAAGGUUAAUCAACCACUCUAUGCUGCUUUCCAGGUUAAUAUCUUAAUGAUGAAUGAUUCAUAAGUUAAACAUUAUUUUAACCCCAACAAAACAAUCUAUACAUUGUGUUUUUAAAUUGUAACUUUAUAUUAAAUUAUAUUACAUUUCACAUGCCAUAUGUUAUAGUUCAUUCAUUUUUCUCACAACAUGUAGCCUCUAAAUACUGACACACAAACAUCCACAUAGAAAAGCAUAUGCCCAUACCACAUGGCUGAGUAUACAUGCAGUAUAUGUUAUUGUUUAGACCAUGAUGUAUCUAGCAUAAUCUCUAAAUAUUUUGGGUGUAUGUAUCUACAUUUCUUCUAAAAUUUAAAUGUUUU